AUGUUCCACACACCGCACUUCAACUGGUACGGGCGCGGCUUCAAGCUUCGAGCAGCCAUCACUAUCGCAUGCCAAUUGGCAUUCGUACUCUUUGGCUACGAUCAGGGUGUCUUCAGCGGUAUUGUCGGCAACGAGGAUUUUUUGAACACUUUCGAUCAUCCGUCGCCUGGUCUCGAAGGGAUUAUUGUAUCCAUAUACAACCUAGGAUGCUUCACGGGAUGCAUUCUCAGCUUCAUGUUCUGCGAGAAGACGGGGCGGAGACUGGCCAUGUGGAUUGCUAUGGUUUGGAUUAUCAUUGGCGGCGCUCUCCAAGCCAGCGCAUAUUCGGUUCCGCAUAUGAUGGUAGCUCGGUUUUUGACUGGCAUCGGAACCGGCAUCGAAACGUCGACCGUGCCAAUGUACCAAUCCGAACUCUGUGAAGCGAACAAGCGCGGCCGACUCGUCGCAUCGGAACCUCUUUUCGUCGGUGUGGGAAUCGAGAUAGCAUACUGGUUUGACUACGGAAUGUCGUUCACGUCUGGAUCAAUCGCUUGGCGACUCCCCAUCGCAUGCCAAGUCGUCUUUGCCAUAGUCGUGGUCGUCCUUGUUUUUGGCCUUCCCGAAUCGCCCAGAUACCUAUACGCGCAUGGCCGGCAGGAAGAAGCGCUUCAAAUUUUAUGCGAUGUCUACGACGGCACACCCGAAGAUCCGAAAAUCGAGAAGGAAAAUCGAGAGGUACUUGAGGCCCUGCAGGUCGAGCGGGAGCAUGGAGAGUACAAAUGGUCGCAACUCCUUAAGAAAGAUCGUGUGCAGACAGGACGCCGUGUACUCCUCGCGUACGGUGCGCAGUUCAUGAACCAAAUGGGCGGAAUCAACUUGGUAGUCUACUACAUAACAUCGGUACUGGAGACGAACGUCGGCCUCGACAGGAACCUAUCGUUGCUUCUCGGAGGUGUCAUCAACUUGAUGUUCUUCCUCGGAUCUCUCCUUCCAACAUUCACACUAGAUCGUACUGGCCGCCGAAAGCCAAUGAUGUGGGGUUCCUUAGGGCUUGGUCUAUCGAUGAUGAUGAUUGCGAUUCUUUUAAGUUUUCGAUCAGAAAGUGGUAAAGUCUCGAAAGCUACUGCAUCCGCUAGUGUCGCAUUUUUCUUCACCUACAUGCUCGCGUUCGGUAUGACGAUGAAUUGCAUCCCUUGGGUUUAUGUGCCCGAAAUCCUCCCAUUACACGUACGAGCAAAGGGAACGGCUGUGGGCAUCUCUGCAAAUUGGAUCUGGAACUUUUUCGUCGUCAUGGUCACACCCACUCUUCUCAACAGCUUGGCAUGGAAGGGCUACCUCAUCUUCAUGGCGCUCAAUUUUUCGUUCAUACCCCUUGUCUACUUUUUCUAUCCCGAGACUGCCAAUCUAACGCUCGAAGAAGUCGACUGGCUCUUCUACGAAGGCGAUGUUGUGAAGCGAAGCCGACGGGUUGCGAAAGAGGGAUGGGAACAAGCGAUUGGUACCGAUCCUACUGUCAUUGUGGAAACAGGUAGUAUGUCUAGCGGCAACAAAGCUGAGCAGACAACGGAAAAGACAGAGCAUACGUCACCCUAG